UGUAUUUCCUUCCUUUCCUUCUUUCCUUCUGUUUCCUUCCUCCCUCCCUCCCUUCUGUUUCCUUCUUUUCUUCCUCCCUCCCUCCCUGCCUUCCUUUUCCUUCCUUUCUUCCAUCCUCCUUUCCUUCCUUCCUUCCUUCCUUCCGUCUUUCCUUCCUUCCUUCUGUAUUUCCUUCCUUUUCUUCUUCCCUUCUGUUUCCUUCCUUUCUUCCUUCUGUAUUCCCUUCCUUUCCUCCCUUCCGUUUCCUUCCUUUGCGUGCGCGUCCCCCCCCCCUUCUCUCUCUCUCUCUCUCUCCCGGCCCCGCCCUUCCCUUUCCUCCGACAGGGAGCGCGCGUUCUCGUGCGCGCAAGCACAAACACACUCUCUCAUUCUCUCUCUCGUGCGCGCGCGCGGUGGGGCGGAGGGUGGGGCGCGCCCCCGCGUGGCGCUGAGCCAGGCGGAGCAGCAGCGCCAAAGCCAAAGCCAAAGCCAAAGGCAGAUCCGCGGCGGGCGAAGGGAAGCGGGCGAAGGCGGAGCGGCGGGCGCUCCGGAGGGAGUUACACAAGCAGCCCGGGCGGGUCGCGCGCCGGGCCGGCCAAUGCGGAGGAGUUCCCCGAGUCCCCCCCUCUCUCUCUCUCUCUCUCUCUCCGUCGGGGAAGGAUGCUCGGGGCGCCUUCGGGGGGCGAGGACUGACCCCGGGAUGGCGCGCCCCCUCCCCGAGAAGCCCCGGCGCCGAGCAAGAGGAGACGGGCGCGCGCUCCGGGAGGAAGAAGAAGAAGAAGAGCGGGACGAGACGCGCCCCACGCAGCCCUCGCCCGGAUUCGUUUCUUCUCCACCGCUAUUUUAAUGGUUUUAAUAAGGCACACGCUUAUCUUACCCUGCCAUCCUGGACUGAUGAAUCUAAGGGAUAGAACAGAACUCUGCAUUUUGUAAACGAGCUGAUGGACGAAGAUGAGAAGGACAGGGCAAAGAGGGCAUCGCGCAACAAGUCCGAGAAGAAGAGGCGAGACCAGUUCAAUGUCCUCAUUAAGGAGCUUUGCACCAUGUUGCAGGGCCACGGCCACCCGCUCAAGAUGGACAAAUCCACCAUAUUGCAGAGGACCAUCGACUUCUUACAGAAACAGAGAGAAAUCACAGCACAGACCGAGGCCUGUGAGAUUAGACAAGACUGGAAGCCUUCGUUCCUUAGCAAUGAAGAGUUCACCCAGUUGAUGUUAGAGGCAUUGGAUGGUUUUCUCAUUGCACUCACCACUGACGGGAUUAUUAUUUAUGUAUCUGAUAGUGUUUCUUCUCUUCUUGGACAUUUACCGUCAGAUUUGGUGGACCAAAAUAUAUUAAACUUCCUGCCGGAGCGCGAGCAGAGCGACGUCUACAAGCUGCUUUCCCCGCACGUGCUCAUGGCCAACCCCGCGGCCACGGAUUUCCUGAACUCCGAAAAACAAAUAGAAUUUUGCUGCCAUUUCGCCCGAGGAAACUUGGACCCAAAUGAAACCAUCACGUACGAAUAUGUCAAGUUUGUCGUCGACUUCAAAUAUUUUACGCAUGUGCCUACAUCAUCUCACAACGGCUUUGAAUCCGCCAUCGCCCGGGUGUUUCGAUCCGCCAACGAAGAGCAGAUCUGCCUCGUCGCAACCGUCCGCCUGGUCACGCCACAGUUCCUGAAGGAACUUUGCAACGUGGAAGAGCCGUGUGAAGAAUUCACAUCGAGGCACAGCCUGGAAUGGAAGUUUUUGUUUUUGGAUCACAGAGCCCCACCGAUUAUCGGAUAUUUGCCGUUUGAGGUCCUCGGGACGUCUGGGUACGACUAUUAUCACGCCGACGACUUGGAGCUCCUCGCUCGGUGCCACGAACACUUGAUGCAGUUUGGCAAAGGGAAGUCCUGCUACUACCGGUUCCUGACCAAAGGCCAGCAGUGGAUAUGGCUGCAAACGCACUACUACAUCACCUACCACCAGUGGAACUCCAAACCCGAGUUCAUCGUCUGCACCCACACGGUGGUGAGUUAUGCUGAGGUUCGAGCGGAAAGAAGACGAGAUCUCGGCCUUGAGGAGUCAUCUGUGGAACUGGCAUCUUCUUCCUUGAAGAGUCACGGGAGUUUCCUCGACAUCCGCCAUUGCGCUCCCAGCCAGGAGGCCAGCCGAGAAAGGCUCUCCGCCUCCUCGCCCAGCUCCCGACGAUCCUCACACACGGCACUUUCGGACUCUGCGUCCUCCUCCUCCAUUCGGCACACUGAAGCCAGCACCCCGACGCGGCAAUCGUUGCCAAUGGGGCCGUCAGAAAAAGCACCUUUGAGGCUCCCUUCAAGCAGCAGCACACCGGGUAUAACAACACCGCAAACACCCACUGAGCAUCUCCCGCAGCAUCACAUGGCACAGCCCACGGUUCCGGCACAGCAGACGGUCAUGCCGGUGUAUCACUUCCCAGCCCAGAUGGGGAUGAUGCAUCAGCUGAAGGAACAGCUGGAGGAGAGGACACGCAUCUUGCAGGCCGACAUCAAGACGCAGCAAGAAGAACUGCACGUGAUCAAGGAGCAGCUCCAGCUGGUGCAAGACUCCAACUUGCAGAUGUUGAUGCAGCAGCCCAUGCCGAUGGUCUUCGGUGGCGUUCAGCACCAGAGUCCAAGGCGGCCUUCCCAGCAGCAGGCAACGGCCGCAGCAAACAGACCGGCCGCUGCAAAGAAGUCCCAGCAACAGCAGCAACAGCAGCAGCAAGGCCUAAUGCCAUCCAAGCAGUUCUGCGGCACACACUUGGCCUCACCGCAGCAGUUCCAGGUGCAGCAGCAGCAGCAACAGCCAAAGCACGUCAUGCGAGGCAGCCAGGUCCAGCAGGCCUGCUUGCCCAUGCAGAUGAGCAUUUCGAUGCCGCUCUACAACAACCCCAUGGUGUUCUCCCAAGCGCACCCCAUCACUGUGUCUGCUCCGAUGGCGGCCGAAAUGGGCGAGCGGCAACCGCUGCCCGACUACAACCAAGAUCGGAGCUUAAGGUUUGCUCAGGAGCAGCCGGGCCUUCCUCCUGCGGUGCAGAUGCAGCCCAUCACGUGUGCCACGAUCGCCCCGUCGCCCGUUUUCACCCCGUCGGUGAUGAUCCCGCACAGCAACGUCGCUGCACAGCAGAACCACGCUCCCAAUGCUCUCCACCAGUGGCAGCCUCCGCAGGUUCAGCAGCAUCACCUCUACCUUCAGAUGCACGGGGCGGCUGAGCAGGGCCAGGCCCAGCGCCUCUUCCCGCAGCCCCACCUCUCGCAACCGAGUGCCGCCGCCAUGGGCUACUUCCACCACCCGCAGCAGCCCCAGAGCCACCACAUGCAGGGCCAGCCCUGCGGCUUGCAAGACCUUCCCGAAAUGCAGCUGCCUUGAGGCCUACAGUGCUGGAGAGAUGCUGGUGGAAAUGGUGGGACGUGCGUUCGUUCGUUCAUUCGUUCGUUCAGCAGCUGCUGUGCUGGAGCGGAGGCGAGAGGGCGAGCAAGCCCAGAAGAGAAGGCAGUUCUGCCCUGAGAGCCUCCCGGAGACAAGGCUCAAGGAGAGAUGCAGCAGAGCCAAAGAUGGAUGCGCGGAUAGAUGGAUGGAUGGAUGGAAGGACCCUCUCAAGAGCAGAGAGAGAGCAGAGAUCCUCGGAACCCCAGAGAGCCAACCUGGCUUGAUUAUUAUCCACAUGAGCUUUGUGCCGGUGGGACAUCUCUUCAUCUGUACCCUGUGUCUCGAAAUAGAGAGGAGGCCGUGAAGCCAGGGCGCUUGCGGAAGUUCCCGCUUUGGCGGAAUUGUCGGUCUGGCGGAUACAACUCCUGGCUCAGCUGACGUAAGAGGAGAGUAAAGAAGGACCUCGAGUAGGGGGAGAGCAAGCUUCAAUUUGCAGUGGAGUAGGACCCUUCUGAUGCUGCAAAGCCAUAUCUUUACUAUGGCAGGUGGAUUCCUCGCUUCAAAGCCGUUUCCUUUCCGUAGCCAAGUUUAAAUACGGAUGAGUUUUGGACCAGAAGCUGCACUCGAUGAGCUUGGGCCAAGACUUUCCCGCGUGGCUUGGCUAAAAAAUCUUGGCAGAAUUCACUGUGAACCACUCUGAACACAGACCGAGGUCCCGCGAUCGGCAGGUCGACCCCCUUUCUUCUCUUUUCUAUUGUGUGUGAGGUUUGUAGAUUUCUAUUUUGGUACCGUCGUCGUCAUUCACAGGUGGGUUGACCAACACAUCCCCCCCUCCCGAUCCACUUUCCCUUAGAGUUUUCCCAUUGGUCGGUUCCCACGGUUUCCUUUUGGGAAAUGCUGCUACUGUUGACGACAACACCACUCUUGCCUGAAUUUCUUCUUUUUGCACCAGCUCCUUUUCACGGCUAGGAUUCGGGUCCUAAUACAAAGGUUUCUGCUAUUUUUGUUACAAACCGAUCUAUUUCUACUCCCCGCUUAGCCAAAUAUACAUAGAUAGUUUUUUCUAAAGAGGUGCAGGAACCUUCCCCCCGUUUCUCCUAUUUCUCUGCCCAACGAACCCUUUUUUGGGAGUUUAUCAAAGGCAAACUUUGUGGUUUUGCUCCGUUUGGUGCGCGAGACGUGGGCGAUUUCUACUCAGAGAGGACACACGCCUGCAACAUGACAAAGGCCGUAGUGUUAGCAAUAAAUUGUAUUUUUGUAAAUGGUCACUUUAACUGUGUUUAUAUAUUUAUGAUUAUGUUUUUUUUUAAAGAAAAAAAAGGUUUUAUUCCUCAGUGGGUGUGUAUACCAAAGCAUCCCCUACUGUUUCGUGUGUUUCCAAAGGAAAAUGAAUAUUGACCGUUGUUAGGGGCAUUGUUGUUUUUAAUGUGUGUGUUAUAUGUUCUUGAAAUGUAAGCAGUGCUGGGUUUGCACUUUUUGUUCUGUUUGGGAAACCAAUGUCGUAGGCUCUGAAGGCGAGUCUCACCAAGACUUCUUUCGUGGGGAUUGCAAAAAGCCUGGAUCAGAAACGGUCCUUUGGAGCUCCGUCUUGAUGGUUUCUAGCUCAGGCUGAGAAGAUUGACAAGUUCACCUUUAAGGAAAAGCAGGAAUCCUCCAAGCACUGGGUGUCUCCUUCUGGACACAGGCCUGUUUUCUUCUUACCUACCAGCAUUAUCAUUGUGUUGUUAUCAUUGGCUGGAAUCACUGGGUUGCUAUGAUGAAAUAGUCCAAAGUUAGGAUUGUUGUUGUGUGCCUGCAAGUCGAUUCAGACUUAGGUCAACCCUAAGUCUAAAGUUUAGGACAAAGGCCAGGUCAAUGACCUUGGAGGACCUUAGUUUGGGGACCCCUGAUCUAGAUGAUCUCAUAAGACCAUAGGUAAGCAAAGAGACCUUCAAAGACCAUCUAGAUAAUCUCAUAAAACCAUAGGUAAGGAAAGGGGCCCCCAAAAGCCAUCUAGAUGGUCUAAUAAGGCCGUAGCUAAGCAAAGAGACCUUCAAAGAUGAUCUAGAUGAUCUUAUAAGACCAUAGGUAAGGAAAGAGACCUUCAAAGACCCUCUAGAUGAUCUCAUAAGACCAUAGCUAAGCAAAAAGACCUUCAAAGACCCUCUAGAUGAUCUCAUAAGACCAUAGCUAAGCAAAGAGACCUUCAAAGACCAUAUAGACGAUCUCAUAAGACCAUAGCUAAGCAAAGAGACCUUCAAAGACCCUCUAGAUGAUCUCAUAAGACCAUAGCUAAGCAAAGAGACCUUCAAAGACCAUAUAGACGAUCUCAUAAGACCAUAGCUAAGCAAAAAGACCUUCAAAGACCCUCUAGAUGAUCUCAUAAGACUAUAGCUAAGCAAAGAGACCUUCAAAUACCCUCUAGAUGGUCUCAUAAGUCCAUAGCUAAGCAAAGAGACCUUCAAAGACCAUCUAGAUGAUCUCAUAAGACCAUAGCUAAGCAAAGAGACCUCCAAAGACCAGGUAGACUUACGUCAACCCUAAGUCUAAAGUUUAGGACAGGGACCAGGUCAAAGACCUUGGACGGGCCUUAGUUUGGGGACCCCUGAUGUAAACACUAGAAGAGCUUGCGGACGCAAUGCACAAUUGCAAGAGAAGAAGAGUGAAUGGUAUAGAUCAGGCAUGAGCAAACUUCGGCCCUCCAGGUGUUUUGGACUCCAACUCCCACAAUUCCUAACAGCCGGUAGGCUGUUAGGAAUUGUGGGAGUUGGAGUCCAAAACACCUGGAGGGCCGAAGUUUGCCCAUGCAUGGUAUAUGAUGGUUGCUUACCUGUGACCAUGUUUCUUCGAGGGGUCAUCUGUGAAAUUUGCACAGGUGUAUUUCACAGAGACCACGAAGAAGAAAAAUAGAUGCGAGCUAUGAGUAUGUAUGUUUUGCACAUCCGUCGGGGGAAUGGCAAUGUUGCGGAGCGGCGGUUAACUGGAAUGUCAGGCAAAUAUGUAAUUGAGAGUAUUCAGCUCCUUGUCUUGGUCCCAUAAAGGGCAGGGGUUGGAUAUCGAUAAAUUUGGGCCUCGGUACUAUAUUCAAGUCCUGGGAAGAGAGGCCAGAAACGGCAGCAGAGAAUGUAGAACAGGACCUCAUAAGCACGAGGCACCUUAUGAUUGCAAGCACUGCUUCCUUCCACUGGCCUUGUUUUGAGGACCACUGAGCUAGAGAGACUGGGAUGAGCCACGGUUUGGGUGUUAUGACGUGGUUUAAAUAAGCCAGCCUUCGUAAAGUCAGAAAUGAACCAUGAAAUUCCCAAACCAUGUCUUGUUGGAUAAUGCAUUGUUGUCAAAGGCUUUUACGGUCGGAAUCACCGGUUUGCUGUGAGUUUUUUGGCCAUGUUCCAGAAGCAUUCUUUCCUGACAUUUUUCCCACAUCUGUUAUUUAUUAUUAUUUUAUUUACAGUAUUUAUAUUCCGCCCUUCUUUCUCACUCCGAAGGGGACUCAGGGGAGAUCACAAUGUACACAUUCAAUGCCAUUAGAUAUAUGAUAUACAGACACAGAGGCAAUUUAACAUUUUCCAGCUUCCGGCUUCAUGAGGGUAUGCUCGAUUCCGGCCACAGGGGGAGCUACCGCUUCAUCAUCCACUUGUGACACUGAGUCCUUGAUGGAGUACUUCCUCAUUCCUUUUCACACGCUGCUGGAAGUUUUUAUGGUGUCAUAAAUUAGUUAAAUUAGCCUCCCCACAUAAAGCGGUACCUAAAUUUUUUACUCGACAGAUGCAACUGUCUUUCGAGCUGCUUAGGUCAACAGCGAGCUAGGCAAUUAAUGAUUGGGGGCUCAAUCUGACCCGGCUUCGAUUUCAUUCCACAGAUAUAUAAACUCCACUUGCCUAGCUUCCAACAGACCUCACAACUUCUGAGGAUGCCUGCCAUAGAUGUGGGUGAAACGUCAGGAGAGAAUGCUUCUGGAACAUGGCCAGACAGCCUAGAAAACUCACACUGGCCGUGGCUGGUUUGCUCAAUUAAUUUUGGAGAUGCCCUUCGCGAACCUAACCACUGUAGUUGCCAUGUUUGUAGGGGACACAAGACAAUCCUUGAUAUAUUUGUAUAUUUUUUGUUCUUUGUGGUUCAAACCUGGCUCGAGGCUGAGAGCCAGUGGCUCCCUUUCCGUUCCCUUUCUUCUCCUUUUCCGCAAAGUAUGUGCCGGACGGGGCUUGUUGGACGAGCCCUUACGAUGGCAACAACGUGUGUGCCUGCGGAGAGAGGAAUGAAGGGGGGAAACACCUCCAAAGUGGGGAUUUUAAGUUGUUCACAAUGAACCACCACUCCCAAUGGAUACGUAUUGGCCUUUCUGAAAGCAUGCACUUUAUUCCGAAAGCACUAUUUUCUCCGUAUUAUGCCAGACGCAAUGGGCACCAACUGAUGUAGGACAGUAGAAAAAACAAGGCUUCACAAUUGGCAAUCCGUCUCUUUCCGUACUUGAUUCCGAGAUGCAUUUUUCCCCACGUCUCUGAAAUCUUACCAUCAGUGGUGUCUUGGGUCAGGGCUUCUUAAACUGUGAGUCCUUGGCUGCCGUUUUCAACAUUUACAGGAACGUGUUUGUGCCGAAGAUGCUUCGGAUGCACCCAAUAAUGUGGAAGUCAGCCUGUUUAUCAAGCCUUGCCAAUGCUGGUUUGUUAUCUGUAAACGUGUGGGUUUUAUACAUACUUUAUAUACCUCUAUAUAUACCAACAUUUCUCAGGCCAGAAGGAGAGAAGUUUAAGAAGCUCUGUCUUAGAUCAGUUACAUCAGGCAUGGGAAAACUUUGGACUGGAGCGAGGGCCGAAGUUUGCUCAUGCCUGAGCUAAAUACAAUAUUUUUCUCUUGACCCAGGCAAGUGUGAGAAGGAUCAUGUCCUUCUCUCGGGUUUUCUGAAAGUUUCUUUCUCAGGAACUAACUUACUUUAGUUGUAGGCAGGGAAGGCACUAGUGUCAGGCAGGGUGGGAGGAUGCCGGGUAGACUUUCUCUUGCGUCUUCUUCACCUGGGAGUUGUCUGCGUGUAACUUAUUGUGCCAGAGUUCAGUAGGCAACGGGUUUGUAAUUACACGGAGCCAAUGGACACAUCGAGGGAAUGGAAAGAGGCAUUAAUCUCAUGUACGAGGGCUAUCCAGAAAGUAGAUUACAUUUUAGAAUUUAAAAUGAACAAAGUAUAGGAGAAAACAUUUACCAUAUGCAGUUGAAAGCCACACCCAAAUAUGACUUCUCAACAUAGUCGCCAUUCAAAUCUAGGCACUUAUCACAGAGAUAAAUGAGCUUUGCAACUCCUUCCCCACAAAACUCUGCCGCUUGCUUCCUCAAAAGGUAUAGGAGAAAACAUUUACCAUAUGCAGUUGAAAGCCACGCCCAAAUACCACUUCUCAACAUAGUCGCCAUUCAAAUCUAGGCACUUAUCACAGUGAUGAAUGAGCUUGGCAACUCCUUCCCCACAAAACUCUGCCGCUUGCUUCUUCAACCACUUGUUUCCAACAAUGGGGGCAUGGCUGGCAACGCAACAUUUUGGCGAUGAUGCGCAGUUGCGGGAAGGGGUGACCGGCUGGUUGAGGACGCAAGCGGCAGAGUUUAGUGGGGAAGGAGUUGCCAAGCUCAUUCAUCGCUAUGAUAAGUGCCUAGGUUUGAAUGCCGACGAUGUUGAGAAGUGGUAUUUGCGUGUAGCUUUCAACUGCAUAUGGUAAAUGUUUUCUCCUAUACUUUUUGAGGACACAAGCGGAAGAGUUUUGUUGGGAAGGAGUUGCCAAGCUCAUUCAUCACUAUGAUAAGUGCCUAGAUUUGAAUUGCGACUAUGUUGAGAAGUGGUAUUUGGGUGUGGCUUUUAACUGCAUAUGGUAAAUGUUUUCUCCUAUACUUUGUUCAUUUUUAAUUCCAAAACGUAAUCUACUUUCUGGAUAUCUCUCGUAUUUUGAGUCUAAAAACUCUCUGUGACUGAGACAGGACUCGUGUGGCUCUCCCAAUGUUGUUGAACUGCAACUCCCAGCAUUUAUUUACUAUUUACAGUAUUUAUAUUCUGCCCUUCUCACCCCAAAGGGCGGAUCACAGAACACAUAUACGGCAAACAUUCAAUGCCGAUUAGAACAAUGACAAGACAGGCAACAGAUAGGCUUUCCCAUCUUUCGGCAUCUUUGGAGGGUGUGCUCGGUUCCGCCCAACAGGGGGUGUUAUCGCUCCUGUUCAUAAACUUGCUUUUUUUCUGAGCCUAAAUACCUCCCCCGCUUUAACGUGGUUCCUAUUUAUCUACUCACAUUCGUUUUCGAACCACUAGAUAGGCAGAAGCUGGGCUAAAGAUCAGGAGCUCACCCUGACCCGGGCUUCGAACUCUCAAGGAUUUAUUGUAGCCUGGUGAUUAACCUUCUGUGUUAAAGCCCUUCCCAUGUUCCCAUCACUAUCUGGGGCUUAUGGGAGUUUCAGUUCAGCAACCUUUGGAUGGCCGCAAGAUCCACGUAUCCUAGAAGUUUUGCAAUAAACAUGGGAAGGAUGUAGUAUUAGUAUUACUGUUCUGUCCCGAGCGAUGCCAAUUCCGGGUUUCAAUAAAAACACAGGCACCUUUAUAAAGUCUUUGCACUUUUAAUGAAAUAUAUAUAAAUAUAUUUUGUACAUAUAUAUAAAAAGCUAAAGGCUGGUUGAUCUAGCUAAGCUGGUUUGAGAGGUAAUUUGAGAGUCUAAUCCAGGCAUGGGCAAAUUUUCGUCCUCCUUCUAGGUGUUUUGGACUCCAACUCCCAUCAUUCCUAACGGCCUCAGGCCCCUUCCUUUUCGCCCUCAGCCGCUUAAGCGGCUGAGGGCGAAAAGGAAAGGGCCUGAGGCUAUAGCAACUCCGCAAGCCUUUCACUAUUUAUUUGUUAAUGUAUAGAUUUGCUAACUUGUAUUCUAUGCGUAUAUUAAUUUGCCAGUUCGCACCUCUUUAGUGUCGGCGGAGUUAUAGACAUUUGAUUGUACUGAGCAUGCUCAGACUCAGCACUCCAUUUUGUACUCAGUGUCUGCUUAACACCUCAGUGGAGGUGGAUGCAUGUUUGACACUUAAGCGGCUGAGGGCGAAAAGGAAAGGACCUGAGGCUAUAGCAACUCCGCAAGCCUUUCACUAUUUAUUUGUUAAAAUAUAGAUUUACUAACUUGUAUUCUAUGCAUGUAUUAAUUUGCCAGUUUGCACCUCUUUAGUGUAGGCGGAGUUAUAGACAUUUGAUUGUACUGAGCAUGUUCAGACUCAGCACUCCAUUUUGUACUCAGUGUUUGCACCUCAGUGGAGGUGGAUGCAUAUUUGCCACUUAAGCGGCUGAGCUGAAAAAGGAAAGGGCCCGAGAAAUGGUGGGAGUUGGAGUCCAAAACAACAAUCAGGAGGACCAAUGUUUUCCCAUGCCUGGUCUAAUCUAAAUAAUGUAUAUCUUAUGUCCUAUUUUCUAUGUGCAAAGGAAAAAAGAGAGGACCGAAGUGCGAGAAGAAGAAAGUGACAAAGGCUUACAACUGAAUAUUUAGUUUUGUUUUAUAUGAUGUCAAAUAGAGAUGAAUUUAUAAAUGUUCCUACUGAAUAAAAAAAAUGUAAUUUUGUAAAACGGGCAGGGAGGGGGGCGAGGAAAAUGUCUUAUGGGGACACAAACCAUGAGAAAUACGUACUCGUCUUGCCCAGCGUGAAGGAGGCUCGGUCGGGCAAGGACCAGCAUGUCUCCAUGUGCUUUUAAAGAUUUGUACAUAUAUUUUGGAAGAAAAAUAAAAUAAAAUUCUACUUUUAAUGACACACA